GCUUUUUUAGACGUACGCUUGCGCAGGAUCACUGAGCCAUCGUGAGUAUCACCUCAGUUCUCCGCGAUACAUCGUGAAAUGUGUGUGUGUGCCGUUAUUUUCCCCAUUAUAAAAUCAUCGAAACUUUUUUGUUAAAUAAAAAUUAUUUAUUUAAUAAUUAAUAAAUGCUAUAUUUAUAUCAAUUUAGAUAGAUGUGUAAAAAUUUAUUUAUCAAUUGACAUAAUUAAUGGGAAAAAGAUUUUUUUUUUUAGAUUUUUUUUUUUUGUGUUUGUAAAUUAAUUGGCGUAUAUAAAUAUAUGUAUUAUUUUAGUUAAUAAAUUUCAAAUAAACAUUACGAAAUUGUUUUUUAAAAAUAUAUUUUUUUUAACUUUGUGUGGUUAAUAAGUUUUUGAACAAAUAAUAUUUAAACGUGGUUUAUUUUGUGAUGAUUAAUAUGAAACAACAUGAUGAACAUUGUCACGUGGAAUACUGAUAUUUGAAUGAAUAUCGAGGUAUCAUUGUGACUGAUGACAUCGUCAUCACGAAGAUUAUGGUCGAUGCGAUGUCGUGUAGAAUUUGUACCCCCAUAAGAUCUGGGAUGACUUAUCAACUCAACAAAUCAAUCUGGUAAUGGGCAACGAGAAAUUAUGGUGGACAUGGGGAAUGGCGGAUCGUGGCACCAUUGUCAAUUCUAGUCUUCUGUUGUAUUCAACAGAUGAUAUAUGGAAUGUCACGAUCAAUCAGGAUAUAUACAACCACACUGCAAAUAUAACUUGGCAAACAGACGGAAGUCCUUCAAAUUCAACUACGACAUUUGAUCAAGAACUCAUCAUUUCAAUAGUUAUUGGCGCAGUUCUCUGUCUCCUUAUACUGAUAACCAUCAUUGGAAACCUUUUUGUAAUAUCAGCAAUAAUAAUUGAACGACAUUUGCAGAGUGUGGCAAAUUAUUUAAUUUUAUCAUUAGCAGUUGCAGAUUUGCUUGUUGCAUGUCUCGUGAUGCCCUUGGGAGCCGUGUACGUCGUUUCCGAAAAAUGGAAUUUAGGUACUGAACUUUGUGACAUAUGGACAAGUACGGAUGUUCUUUGCUGUACUGCGUCUAUUCUUCAUCUUGUUGCCAUUGCACUUGACAGGUACUGGGCCGUCACGAACAUUGACUACAUGAAUCAGAGAACAGCAAAGAGGAUUGGACUGAUGAUUGCUGUCGUCUGGAUGGUCUCAAUAGCUGGUAUAUUAUAUCUCAAAAUUAUUAUGUUAACACAUUUACAUUCAUACUAA